CCAGCCAGGGGUGCUGAGGAUUCUGGGAAGCGUCUGGGUUCCGUAACCAUGGGAAAGGCCGCCCUGGGCGCCGAGGGACACGUGUGCUUACGCGGGACGGGAAUUGCGGCGACCCCGGAGCGGGAGCUCUGCGCCCGGCCCCGUCGGAGCCCCCGGCCUCGGGCGCCGGCCCGGCUAGCCAGCGACCCUCGCGCGGGAGGCAGUUUGUCCGCCUUCGGCCACCGUCCCGGCCGCGUUGCGGCGCGUUUCGUGUGCCGGCCGCCGCCGUCCGGACCUUAGUCACCGCGUUCCAGGGCCGGGGGCGUUGCCGGCACCAUGGAGUCGCCCUUCAGCCCCGGACUCUCUCCGCGGCCGGAUGAGGACUGGGAUUCUGCUCUGUUUGCUGAACUUGGCUAUUUCACAGACACCGACGAGCUGCAGCUGGACGCAGCAAGUGAGACUUACGAAAACAACUUUGACAACCUUGCUUUUGAUUUGGAUUUGAUGCCUUGGGAGACGGGCAUUUGGGACCUUAACAACCAGCUAUGUGCAGUUGAAGAUAUUAAGGCAGAACCUCAGCCACUUUCUCCAGCCUGUUCCAGUGGCUCCGUCUCGUCUCCCCAGUCAGUGGACUCUUACUCUUCAACCCAGCAUGUUCCUGAGGAGUUGGAUGUGUGUCCUGCCUCCCAGAUGUCGCCCCUCUCCUUGUAUGGGGAGAGCUCUCCUCGUCCCUGCUCGGCAGAGCCACUGAGGGAAGACAAGCCUGUCACUGGUCCUAGGAGCAAAACGGAAAAUGGACAGACUCCAAAGAAAAAACUUCAAGUGAAUUUAAAACCUUCAAUUCAGCCCAAGCCUUUCUUACUCCCGGCAGCACCCAAGACUCAGACAAACCCCAGCGUCCCCGCGAAAGCCAUCAUUAUUCAGACACUGCCGACGCUUCUGCCGCCGACCAAGCAGCAGCCCGUGAUCAGUAUCCAUCCUGCACCCACCAAAGCUCCGACCGUGCUGCUGUCUCAGCCCGCCGUGGUGCAGCUGCCGGCACCUGGAGCCCUGCCGUGUCCUCAGCCCGUCCUCGCUGUCGCCAGGGGAGCCGCACAGCUCCCUAGUCACGUGCUGAAUGUGGUCCCUGCCCCCGUGGCCGGUGGCCCCGCGACCGGAAAACUGGCUGUCACCAAACCGGCCCUGCCGAGUGCCAUGAGGAGCUCAGAUAUGGCUGUGCUAAGGAGACAGCAGCGCAUGAUCAAGAACCGGGAGUCUGCGUGUCAGUCGCGCAGGAAGAAGAAGGAGUACAUGCAGGGGCUGGAGGCCCGGCUCAAGGCUGCUCUCUCGGAGAACGAGCGGCUGAGGGAGGAGAACGGGUCGCUGAAGCGGCAGCUGGAUGAGGUGGUGUCAGAGAAUCACCGGCUUAAAGUCCCCAGUCCGAAGCGCAGAGCCAUCUGUGUGAUGAUCCUGUUGGCGUUUAUCAUACUGAACUGUGGACCCAUGAGCAUUUUGGAACAGGAUUCCAGGAGAAUGAACCCUGGUGUGAACCCUGCACUUCAGAGGCGGCGUCUUCUGGGAUUUUCUGCCAAAGAGGCGCGAGACACGCCGGACGGUUCCCAGGAAAACAGCUACAGAGCCGACCACGCGGUGUCACGCGACAAGGCCCUGAUGGUGCUGAGUGAGGACCCGCUGCUCUUCGUGCCCUCGCCUCCGUGCCGGCCCCUCAUCAACACCAGCGAGUCCCUCAGGUUAAACCAUGAGCUUCGAGGGUGGGUUCAGAGGCACGAAGUGGAAAGGACCAGGUCGAGGAGGAUGACGCACGGUGACCAGAAGACACGCAUCCUGCAGGGUGCUCUGGAACAGGGCUCUGAUUCCCAGCUCCUGGCCGUCCAGUACACAGAAACCCCCAGGAUCAGUGGGCCCACCGGCAGCGAGCUGCAGGUGUACUACGCGUCGGCCGGUGGCUACCGGGACUUCUUCGACGCCAUCCGCAGGAGGGGCGACACAUUCUACGUGGUGUCCUUCCGAAGGGACCACCUGCUGCUACCAGCGAUCACGCAUAACAAGACCACCAGGCCCAAGAUGUCCAUUGUCCUGCCAGCGAUAAACGUGAACGAGAACGUGAUCAACGGGCAGGAUUACGAGGUGAUGAUGCAGAUUGACUGUCAGGUGACCGACACCAGGACCCUGCACAUCAAAAGCUCCUCCGUCCCUCCUCACCUCCGAGACCAGCAGAGGAAUCAGACGCGCACCUUCUUCGGUUCCCCGCCCGCAGCCACAGAGGCAGCGCGUGUGGUCAGCACCGUCCCGGAGUCGCUGCAGUAGCGCUAGCCGUGCGGUUGGGGGCUGAGCAAGAGGAGGGCUCUGCCGCCACCUGUCCCCGACAGUGACAUUUCAGGGACGCAGAUGGAGAGAAGGCACUGCAUGUCUGCCCGGCAAGCGCUGGACCUGUGGACAGACGGCCCGCCCGUGGCAGCUCCCUUCCCGGCCUUCCUGUGUGUGUGGUGUCCAGUCACCACCGCGAGCCCCGGCCUCUGAUUAGGCUGUUGGUCGGUUAAUGCAAACCCGUUGUGGGUACUGUGCUUCCUGGAAACAGACCUCAAACUGAGAGCAGCCAACAGUGUCCCCCAAAGCGUGGAAACCAUUGGGAGCGUUAGGUGAGAGGAACCCCCGUCUGGUGGUUUGUCUGUACUGGGAUCUGUGUUUACACCUGACCCUGCAUGGGAGUCCGUGUGGGGGCAGGUCUGAGAGAACGAGGUGGAAGAGAAGGGCCGCAGGUGGCCCCUGGCACACACGCUCGAGCCCGGAAGUUCGGAUGUAGUUGCGGUUUGCAGUCGGCCAAGCACCGCCCACUGGGGUCCAGGCCGCUGGCCAGCAAGCCGUGCCGCCUUCUCACCAGCCUGGCGCAGACUCCCGGGCUCGGGCAAACCCUCCACCUUUCCUGGGAGCCCCCACCCUCACCCCACACACCUGACGGUACGAUGGCACUGAGUCAGCUGAGGAACUCAUCUCGAGAGUGACCGCAUGUUUCUUCCCUGUGACUGCAAACAGCCUGGCUCCUGCUGGGGGAGCCAAUAAUAGGCCGUGUUUCCAGCCUCUCCAGUGAAAAGUCAGUGAAGGCUGUAGUGCUCUUGUCCUCCUGUGAAAACACAACAAAACUGCUGGAAGUGCUGAGCUCACUUCCGUUUCCGUGUGUGUGGACUGCGUCCCUCUGCUCCUCUCGUCCCCUCUGCUCUUCUCAGAUCCCCCCGCUCGCCCCCCCCCACCCCGAAGCCUCUCAGGUUCUCAUAGAACCCAUUUGCAGACACCACUUCUUACCCUCCUUUCCUUCGUCACGUUUUUUGCCUUCCACCCCACACUGUGCCGGCUGCGUCCUCCUUCUACGACACAAAGGGAGCAACUCUGUCACCUGCUCUGGGACACCAUGUGGCCUGUCAGCACCCUGCCUGUGGGGUGAGGCUCGGCCACACACGGUUUGAAGAACCACUGCCCCUCUGGUCAGUGCCUCCACUUAAGCCUGUCCCCAGUCCAUGCGGCACGCCCUCUGUCCUGGCGUCCCGGAUGACGUUCAGACCCAUCUUCCGGGGGGCCUGCUGUGACCCUGACAGUGCCACACGCACAGGGAACUUAGGCUGCAGGCAGUGUCCUCAGGGAGUACCCUCCUGGGCCUGCACCUGGCCCUGUGUCUGUGCAUUGGCUGAACAGGAGGCUGGGGCCCUGGCUGACGGGCAGUGGUGGCACGGCCACCGCCCAGCCGCUAACCUGCUGGGCCACCCUCGUUACCCCUGAUGCAGGCAGCGCGUGGUGGCCCCACCAAGGGGGGCCUGUGACCUGUGAGUCCCCGGCCUGUCCUGUGUUCAUCCGCCAGCGCCCACAGCACCUCCCUUGGGUAAUGAGAGCAGGCGGGUGUCAGAAGGGCCGCAGCCUCACGGCCUGUGAGGUGACCGUCACAUGCCGUGUGGAAGCCCCGCUUCUCUGCCCACUGCCCCUCAGCUCCUGUCCACCUGGACUGGUCCCUGAGACAAGGGAGCAGGGUUCCCUCCGGGAGAGCUUCAGGAAGAGAGGAGGUAUACCUGUUGUCAGUGUCACCACCCCGGCAGCACAGGGCCUUUGGGGAGCUGGGGCCGCUGCACCUCAGGGACUAAUUACGCUGGUGGUUGGCUUAAUUUCUUGGUGAGACUGCUGUUUAGAGAUUGCAGCCGGGAUUGUGGGGGAUAUGAAUGUAUCCGUGUUAUUUUUUUAAUUUAUCAAGUUCUUAGGUGGGAGUUUACAAGCUUGUGAGAAAAUUAGCUAAGCUCGCAGAGUACAUGUCACUUGUUACUGGACGACCCUUCGGGCGCCACUGCUGCCGUCCUGGGAGAUGGAGGGCUGCUUGGAACCCUUCCCUACCUGGUGGCAAGUCCCAGGUGUCUAGGCUUGAUGGACUAGACGUUCCCGAGCUAACGCUGUAAGAGGUCAGGAACUCUGCCCCCGGGACCCCCAUCAGACCAGGUGCAGCUCCCCUGCAGUGUGGGAUGGAUGGGGAGGCCCCCCACCCCGAGCUCAGGGUCUGCGAAAGGAGCCGUCUCAAAGCCACUGCACUGCUGGUCAUGCUCAUGGUUAUAAACUUCCAUUAGGUUACUGGGUGGGGUUUGUGUCUUCACAAGUCACUGGCCCCCGGUUACAACUGCAGAGCAGCUUCUGGUCUGUGAAUGACCACAGGCCCCAGUGUGGUGCUGGCCUCUCUGUGCCUCUCGUGUUGCUGAGAGUGGGUGUGGCGGCUUGAAAGCAGCAGCGUUACGUGCGUCAUUCUAGGGCGUCCUGGAUAAACAUGGCUUAGAAACAGACGAGGAGCUCGGGCUUCAAGUGGAUUCUAUGCCGUUUUCAAAGAGACACUGUCCUGCUCAGACCUCGUGACCCACCUCUUCCUCCUUCCUGGACAUGUGUCCGCAGUGGUCACCGCAGUGCCGCUGGUAAGAUGCUUCUGCUGCGGCACUUGGCAUGAUUACAGCUGGAGGACUCGCAGCGCUGUUUUCUGAUUGUUGCCAUUUCACUAAAGUUCAGGUUGUGAAAUGUGACUGAACACCACCAGGGGAGAACUUGUCACCGUGUUUGAUUCCUGACCCACUGAGGCGUUUCCAGGCGGGUCCACCCUCAAGUGCCUGUUGGAGAUGACCACUGACCACUGUCCCUGAAGAGCCAGAGGGAGACCCACGCUCCUUCUGUCUGCCCGGAAUGUUCUACCCGGGAAGCGAUGCGCAGGCCCAGCUUCACGUGAGGCCUUCAGGCUCGGGGCCGUUUCCUGUGUGUCAGCCUCUCAGCACAUGUGGGGGCCUUACAACGGCCUGCGGACCCGCCUCCUACCAGCCUGGCUCAUUCUAAUGCGCAGAAG